AGGAGAGAGAGAGGGGAACUUUUCCCCAGUCGGCUGGGCACGCGGGAGACGGAGAGGGGGAGCAGCCGCGCGUCGCCUCCGCCUGCCGCCCGGGCCGGGUGAAGGACCCGCCGAGCCCAGGAUGGAUUUCAGCGAGAUCCUGAUGGUGGCGUCGGAAAAGCAGGGGCUCAGCGCGGUGCCGAAAAGAUACAGCUUGGCAGUCGGCCCUCCCAAAAAGGAUCCGAGAGUGAAAGGUGUCCACUCAGCAUCAGUGAAAGCAUUCCUCAAACGGCAAGAGGCGGAACGUAGGAAAAAAGAUCUCGAGGAGAAGAAAAGGAAAGAAGGACUUUUAGCUAAGCGUGUAGAACUGAAACAUGACCGAAAAGCGAGAGCUAUGGCUUCUCGAACGAAGGACAACUUCUGUGGCUAUAAUGGCAUCCCUGUUGAAGAAAAACCUAAAAGGAGGCUGAGUGGCGAAAGCAGAUCUGAUAGAAGUAGGGGCGCAGGGGAGUGUGCGACAGGUGAUGAUACGGAGGAAUCUGAACACAUUCAGACAGACUCUGAGCACGAAUCUGAAGAUUAUGAAGAAAGGCCACCCAAAGCACCAGUGAAACCAAAGGCACCUCCCAAGGCUGCACCUCCUCCACACCUGAAUUUUACAGAUCUUCUAAAGCUGGCUGAAAAAAAGCAGUAUGAACCCGUGGAAAUAAAAGUCGUAAAAAAAAAAGAAGAAAGACCCAUGACAGCGGAAGAACUGAGAGAACGAGAAUACUUGGAGCGGAAAAACAGAAAAGUGGUUGCGCUAAAGGAGAAGAAAGGGGAAAGAGAAAUGAAACACGUAGUGGCGUCUAGUGGCUCCAGAAAAGACCUUUCGCAGAAGGAGCCCUUGAAUGCUAAACACGGCAAGCAUUCCACAGACAAACAUUCCUUCUCGAAAGGAAGCCUUUCCUCCCAAAGUGGUCAUGAUAAGACAUCCAAAGGACCAGCAUUGUCCUCCAAGCCUAAACACACUGAGAAAGUGAAACACACGCUCAAGGGACCUUUAAAAGGUCCGUCUGGCACUAGUCACGGUAAAGCCCCAGCCAGUGGAGAAGGAAAAAUUGGAUUAAGUUCCCGUACCCCAGUCUUGAAAACUGCUGCUAAUGGGGCUCAAAAGCAGUCGUCUGUUAAAGAACCUAGUCUUAAGAGAACGAUUAGCCAUGUGAAACCAACGAGUGUGACUGCUGCACAGCAUGAAAGUGUUAAACAUUCCAUCUCCAAGCAGGCAAGCAGCAGUUCUGGCACGGGAGACUCUCUUCCGCGGAAAAAAAGCAGCUUGAGUACGGGACCGGGGAGGCCAGGCAGCAACUUAAAUCCUGGACGUGGGUUGCAGGGUCCCAGUUCCAGCACGGGACCAGGGCGAUCGGGAAGCCACUCGGGAUCCAGCCAACGAAGCAGCAGCAGCUCAAGUGUUGGGCCCGGACGGCCGGGCGGUAGUGUAGGUGUGGUACCCAGCAGACCAGGAAGCAGUUCGGGACCAGUGCGUUCUAGUAGUGGCCAAAGCAUUGGCUCUGGGCGGCCAAACAGCAUGCUGAACACCGGACUGGGGAGAGGAAGCAGCUCAGGGCCCGGACCAGGCCGGCCAAGCAGCACUUCAGUCGGGAACGUAAAACCAAAGUGCACUGUUGUAUCAGAAACAAUCUCAUCUAAAAAUCUGGUCCCCAGACUGCCUAGUGGCCAGGUGAAUGGAAUGAGACCACCACAGAGACCUGGGAUUCCCCCACAAGGUUAUCCAAGGCCCUUUCUGCCUAUUACUUCUGCCUAUAAAAGGCAAUAUGAAGAUGACGAUGAAGAAGAUUCUGAAAUGGAGGACUUUAUUGAUGACGAAGGGGAGCCGCAAGAAGAAAUCUCUAGACAUAUCAGAGAAAUAUUUGGAUAUGAUCGCUCUAACUUGAGACUGGGAAUGCUAGAAGAUCUAGAAGAGCAGAGACGUGAAGAGGAGGAAUUGAAACGCAAGAAGCAGACCAAAAAGUUGAGAACACGUUAACCA